AUGGCGCCAAAGAACCAUGUGGCAAGUCUCCAGCAUAAAGCUACUUGUCCAAUCUGUGUGGAGUAUUUCAUGGAACCCGUCACUCUGCAAUGUGGGCACAAUCUCAGCCAUGCCUGCACCAAGGAUCAAACUUCUAUUUGUUUAGUUUGCCAUCUGUCAGGGACUCACAGGGCUCACACUGUGGUUUCCAUAGAGGAGGCUGCUUGGAGUACAAGGCUCUCUGCCGUCUGCACUGGAGACAAGAAGAGGAGCACUCAGACUGGUGAAUGUGACACGGCUCAUCCCCAGCUCAUCCUGUCUGAGGAUUGGAAAAGUGUGAGGUGGGGACACACAUGGCAGAAUCUGCCCGGCACUCCUGAGAGAUUUGAAUCUGAGUCCUGUGUGUUGGGCUGUGAGGGAUUCACCUUGGAGAGACAUUCCUGGGAGGUGGAAGUGAAAGUGAAGGAUGGGGGACAUUGGGCUGUGGGUGUAGCCAGAGAGUCUGUGAGGAGGAAGGGAUGGAUCAACCUUAACCCUAAGGAGGGGAUCUGGGCUGUGGAGUGUUGUUGGGGUUGGUACCAGGCUCUCACCUCCCCUGUGACCCCCCCCCCGCCCCUGAGGUGGGUCCCCAGCAGGAUCCAGGUUUGUUUGAACUGUGAACAGAGGCAGGUGACAUUUUUCGAUGCUGGUAACGAGGUUCUGAUCUUCACUUUCCCUCUGGGUUCUGUCCCUGGGGAGAGAAUCCACCCCUGGCUCUGGGUGGGGGGAUCCCAGCUCAGACUCUGUCCCUGA